GCGAACGCUCGAUCAUCUCUGCGUUUAUCCCUGAACCAUGAGGAGAAACUGGCUGGUUGACCGGAGGGCUCUAAAAGACACACAGAGAGGAAGGACAGAGAGCCUAGAGGGGCUAGCAGACAGAGCAAGACUGGGCAAAGAAAAAGCCAAAGAAGAGUGGGAUUAGGAGGAAAACGCCACAUCAGGCAACCUGGGAGGGAAACGCACGAGCCGGGAUGGAGGAAGAAAGCAGCGGGCCGACGUCUGUCCAGGCAGAAAUGCCAGCAGAAAACCACAGUGAGGAAAACCCUGAGUCUAGAAGUGUCCAGGCACCGAAGGAGAGCACCAGGAACAACAGUGGAGUCUGCGAUGGAGAGAUUGUCGAGGAUCAAUGCAACGGUAUUGCAGAGACAUCGGCACAGGAGGCUACAAUAACUACAUCCGUGCAGGGCGGUGAGGACUACCUCCCAGAGGCCCGCCUGUCAGCAGGGGAGGACAUGAGCCCCCCAUCAGCGUCAUCUCAUUCCCCCGCCGCACAGAAUGUCCCUUCUGAGCCAUGCUGGUAUUGUCUGAGGUCUCUUGACCCUGAGUCUCAUCCCAAUGGUCCUAAACAGGAGGAAGACUCUGAACCUGAAUCACCUCUGUCCUCUAGUGGCCAGAAAGUGAAUUACCAGAUGGAUCCCAGACCUCACUUUGGCGUGGCCUGUUCCUCCCACUCCACGUGUCGUCCCCUGUGGGGCAGCGAGGGGCCCUGCUGGGGACAAAGGAACCAGGAGAUGGCCGAUCACACAGACAUCUGUCCGCACUGCCACUUGGCCUUGCCCCCCGAUACACUGCGCUGGCAUGAGGCAAAGUGUCUUCUGUUUGAUGGGCCGAGGAGCUCGCAGAAAGAAAACUGAUCACCGUGAAAGAAAGAGGCGACGUAUACCUUAUGUCAGGAACACAUUUCUCCAAUAAUUUUCUGGAUCUCACAAUUCUCAGGAAAAUGUCUGCACAUUUGAGCAAAUUGUUUAGUACGAAACCUUAUGUUCAUUCAAAAAGACAAUUUGACCUAAUGUUUAAUUCCUAUAUCAGUCAAGAUUCCACAGGAGAAUAGUUACAUGUUUUUGUAUUCAUCAUUUAUUAGUGUAUCACCACUUUUUCACUGUUUUUAACUACCUAUAAAAUGUCAUUUUCCACAUAUUCUGGCAUUACAUUAUAUAAAGAAUGUGAAGGCUGCAUUUAAAGAAAUAAAAGUUGA